CGCUCUCUCUCUCUCUCUCUCUCGCUCUCUCGCUCUCUCGCUCUCUUCUCUCUGGUCCUUUAAGCCUGCUGCAUCACAGGAGCUAUCCAGUGCUGAACCAGAAGAUUUUUUUAUCUUUUUGAAAGCUGGGGGAGCCAUAGAGUAACACACAGCGUUGCCGUCAGCCUUGUUCUCCACUGGUUUCCAUUUUCUUUCCUUCUCUUAUGUUUUUUAGAGGUUGUCUUUUCGUUUAACACAAGGAUUACUACUACCGUCAGCAGGCUCCAGCUCUGCCUGUUUGCUGCUUUCUUUGGGGGUCUUCUCUUUUCUUCUCAUGCGUGAUUCUCGGGUCUGUGUGUUUUUUAUUCUUUGAAACAUGCCCCGUUCGUUUUUGGUGAAGAAAAUCAAGCUUGAUGAUUUCUCUUCAUCCAAUGCUGCCUCUAAUCACCAUCACCACCUGGACGACUCGUUCACUCCUUUCUCACGAUCCAUCACUGACUCUGUGACCAACUUGGGGGUUCGCCUCAGUGAGAAUGGCUACAUCCAGGAUUACAUCACGCCAUCGGUAUACCAGGGGGAGAAGAAGAUGGAGCUCAAGCUGGCCUCGCCCAUCUCUGACCCCCUUUACACCCAGGUGAGCAGCGGGGGCGAGGAGUACUGUGACCCUGACCUGGAGCACCCUGACAGCCCCCAGUCCGGCAUGACAGCCAGCGGCUUCUACAGCGGCGAGGCGGAGGCCCCGACCGAGGGUUACACCAUGGAUGCCUUCUUCAUUUCCGACGGGCGUUCGCGGCGGAAGGGAGACGGCGACGGCCGUAAGGGAGGUAGUUCUGCCACGUCCAAUGCCGAUGCCACAGAGGAGAGGGAGGCCGGGGCCGCCGGCAUGGCCCGCCACUCCUGCAACGAGUGUGGCAAGACGUACGCCACUUCAUCCAACCUCAGCAGGCACAAGCAGACGCACCGUAGCCUGGAUAGCAAAAUGGCGCGCAAGUGUCCCACCUGCGACAAAGUGUAUGUGUCCAUGCCGGCGCUGGCCAUGCACAUCCUCACCCAUGACCUCAAGCACAAGUGUGAUGUGUGCAGCAAGGCCUUCAGCCGGCCCUGGCUCCUGCAGGGCCACAUGCGCUCGCACACCGGGGAGAAACCGUUCGCCUGCGCCCACUGCGGCAAAGCCUUCGCUGACCGCUCAAACCUCCGCGCCCACAUGCAAACCCACUCUGCCUUCAAGCACUACCGCUGCAAGCGCUGCAAUAAGACCUUCGCCCUGAAAUCCUACCUGAACAAGCACUAUGAGUCAGCCUGCUUCAAGGGAUCUGGGGAUGAAGAUGAGGACGAGUCCUGCUCUGAGAACUAGCUGGCGGAACCAGAAGGACGGAAUCAGAUUUUGGAACCCUAGGUUCUACAACCAAUAACCCCCUUCACUCUGCCCUACAUCCCUUUUUUUCUUCCCUUUUAUAGAAAGCAAUAUUUUCACUGAGAUUACGUGAAGAAACUGUUCUGAUUAUGGCAAAGACAAUUUCAAAAUAUGCUGGAU